AUGACCGGGGCGGGGCAGCGGCGGCCGGUGAGCAAGCUCUCGCUCCUCGCGGGCCUCGCCGAGUCCUUCUCGUCCGUGCCGGCCGCCGCUGACAGCUUCUUGCGCUCGCCCACGGCGAGGAGCUUCGGGUACGAGGGUGCCGUCGGUCUGGGGAUCGUCGCCGCCAUGAGCGACGGCGGGCAGGACCAUUCCCAUGGCGGCGCCGCCGCCAUCGCGAUGACCCCCAGGUCGGCGCUGCCGCGGCGGUCGGAGCCGAUCCCGAUUUUCUCUGCCCGCUCGGGGGCCAUCGGAAUUCCGCGGAGGGACCAGAGGAUCGAGGAGGAGGAAGACGAGCAGGAGAGGGAGAUGAUGUCGGAGAGCUACACCUGCGUGAUCUCUCACGUCGAGGGGUCCACCGUGCGCAAGAGGGUCUACUUGGACGACGGCGGCGGCGAUCUCUGGGGCUGCUGCCCGGGGGUGUUCUUCGACUCUCCGCCGGCGGCCCUCCCCCCGGCGGCCGAGGACUUCCUCAGCCGCUGUUUCCGCUGCCGCAGGGCACUCCACGGCAUCGACAUCUUCAUCUACAGGUAGAACCCACAGCUUCCUCCCCCGUGAAUCGUACGCUUCCUCCUGUCGUCGAUCUUUCUCCGCCAGUAUCUGCGAAUCUUCUACUCUUCCUCGUGGUUUUCCAUACAAAACAUACAUGGUAAAAAAAUCGCGAGACUCAUCCCGAAGAGCAUCGAUCAUCCGACGGAUUCCUCCGUCCCUGCGCAGACAGAUUAAAGAGCCAUCAUUCCACCUUUUUUUAUUAAAAAAAAAUCUGGCCGGGGUCCCAUAUGCAUCCACCCAUCAAAUACUGUUUGCUAUUCGACGCAAAGCAUCUGCGACGAAGAGCUUGUGUUCUGAUUCCCUGGUGCAAUUUUUUCUGUCCUUUCUGAGCCUGUGAACUCCCGUUGAGGUUUUUAGCCGCUCUUCUUUUUCACUGAGCCGCGAUAUAUAGUACAUAUUGCCGUCUGGUCGGGUAAAGUUGAUGAUUUGUGGGUUCCACCCUCCGCCCUUCAUGAAACCCGCGGCAGCGGCGGCGGCGGCGAGGGUAGAAGGCGUCGGGCACGUGGAGGAGCUCACGAGUGUCUUCCUUGCUUGGAACAGGGGCGACAAGGCCUUCUGCAGCGCCGAGUGCAGAAGCCGGCAGAUAGCCAGCGAGGAGCAAGGGCGUAGUAAGUACCCGCUGGAUGCGCCGGCGGCCCUCGACUGCUCCCCCUCCCCCUGCUCCGCCCCGCUGCUCUUCCCCGCCGGCGUCGCCGCCGCGUAG